CCUUCUAACCCAUGGAUGUGUCCCUCAGGACUGGGUUUCUAGAAAAUCUAGGAGAGGACCCCAGGGCAGGGGAGAGGAGAGGGCGAACUGGGAAGGAACUGCGAGGGUAAUCACUUUCCUGACGGCGUGAGGUGGCACCUGAGCCCUGGGACGCGGGGCUGGGAGGGAGGGCUAGUCGCCCGCGGAGGCGAGGCCAGAAAGUCAGAGGAAAGAGGGGACGAGAGAGCCACAAAGGCAGAGCGGAAGAAGGCAGGGCGGGCGGCGGGCGCGAGGGAGAGAAGAGGGAGGCGGAGCUGCCCUGCUGGCGGGCGGGGGCGCCGGCGGGAGCUGGUGCGGAGGCGGCGCCGCAGCCCCAGCCUGGCCCGACGCGCGAGGGCCGGGGCCAGGGUGAGCGCCCGACUCCGAGCUGCCCCCGCGCUCGGCGCCGCGCUCCGCUGUCAGCCACCUCACGGCUGCAGGAGUGCGCGGGAGUUUGCCCCGGAGAGCGGCGAAGUUUCCUUCAAAGCUGCGCUCCUGGAACAGCAGCACCUGCAGGCGCCGGGCAGCGGCCGGUGAGGUUACCUUAUGGAAUGGGCCCUUAAAGAACAAGAAAAGACUGAAGCCUGAUGGGAAAACAAAUCAUGUGGUCUUCAGAUUCUGAAAUGAGGAGAAAUGCAGCCAUCUGAAAUGGUCAUGAACCCCAAACAAGUCUUCCUCUCUGUGCUGAUAUUUGGAGUAGCUGGGCUACUCCUCUUCAUGUAUUUGCAAGUCUGGAUUGAAGAACAACAUACAGGGAGAGUGGAGAAGAGAGGAGAACAAAAAGUAACUUCAGGAUGGGAACCAGUGAAGUACUUGCGGACUGUACCCAGAAUCAUGAGUACUGAAAAAAUCCAGGAACAUAUCACCAACCAGAACCCCAAGUUUCACAUGCCUGAGGAUAUAAGAGAAAAUAGGGAAAAUCUUCUACUCAAUUCUGAGAGAUCUACUAGGGUCUUAACAAAGACCAGUCAUUCACAGGGAAGGGAUCAAGCUUUAAGUAACACCACAGGGUCACCAACAGAAAAGUCGAUUGAAGAAUAUCGAGGAGCUAACACUCUUUUCAACAAGUUCAGCAAAAUGAAUUGGCCAGUGGACAUUCACCCUUUAAACAAAAGUUUAGUCAAAGAUAAUAAAUGGAAGAAAACUGAUGAGACCCAAGAGAAACGAAGGUCUUUCCUUCAGGAGUUUUGCAAGAAAUACGGUGGGGUGAGUCGUCAUCAGUCACAUCUUUUUAAUACGGUGUCCAGAAUCUAUGUAGAAGAUAAACACAAAAUCUUAUAUUGUGAGGUUCCGAAGGCUGGCUGUUCCAACUGGAAAAGAAUUCUGAUGGUACUAAAUGGAUUGGCUUCCUCUGCAUACAACAUCUCCCAUGAUGCUGUCCACUAUGGGAAGCAUUUGAAGAAGCUAGAUAGCUUCGACUUAAAAGGGAUAUAUACCCGCUUAAAUACUUAUACCAAAGCUGUGUUUGUUCGUGAUCCCAUGGAAAGAUUAGUAUCAGCCUUUAGGGACAAAUUUGAACAUCCCAAUAGUUAUUACCAUCCAGUAUUCGGAAGGGCAAUUAUCAAGAAAUAUCGACCAAAUGCCUGUGAGGAAGCAUUACUUAACGGAUCUGGAGUCAAGUUCAAAGAGUUUAUCCACUAUUUGCUGGAUUCCCACCGUCCAGUAGGAAUGGACAUUCACUGGGAAAAGGUCAGCAAACUCUGCUAUCCAUGUUUGAUCAACUAUGAUUUUGUAGGGAAAUUUGAAACUUUGGAAGAAGAUGCCAAUUACUUUUUACAGAUGAUUGGUGCUCCAAAGGAGCUGAAAUUUCCCAACUUUAAGGACAGGCACUCUUCCGAUGAAAGAACCAAUGCUCAAGUCGUGAGACAGUAUUUAAAGGAUCUGACUAGAACUGAGAGACAAUUAAUCUAUGACUUUUAUUACUUGGACUAUUUAAUGUUUAAUUACACAACUCCAUUUUUGUAGUUUACAUUCAUUUUCUAAAACCUUGUAUGUACUUAAUGAUGAUGAGCUCAAAUCAGCUACUAUAAUUUUUCUAUAAUUGUCUGUAUGUGAGAAAUUUAACUAAAUGCAGUUGUCUUGAUUUAAUGUAGAUUUUAACCAAAUAGUAUGACACCAAUUGGCAUAAAGUUAUAGGAAAAUCACUUACAGGAGAUGUAAACAACUUGAGUUGCUCUAAAAUGUUUGGAAGAGAUCUGCUUUUGCAUUAAGAAUUAUAUUGUUGAAGCAAUGACCCAGCCAGCUGUUGCAUUAGCUAAAGCAGCCUCUUGCAAUGGUAGGAAAAAAGGAUCUAAAAUAGCAUGAGUGUAUGUCUAUAUGCUGGAAGUUAUUGUCUAAAAUGCAUGAAUAUAUUUUUAGCAGUCUGUGGCACAUUAAUCAAACUAUUGAAUAGUUUUCUUACACCCUGGAAAUCUUUCUAUCAACUGUAAUGAUAAAUCCAUUUUGUAGUGAUAUUUUGGAUUUAGACAUUUUUCUUUAGAUUGAAAGGCAUUAUGUGACUUUAAUAUGAGAAUAUAGCAGAAAAACCAGAUGAGGCUGUGGCUUUUUAUAUUCAACAGCCAAUAAAAAAUGCACAAUAUGCUAGGAUCUAAGCAACAAAAGCAACCUUCCUUUUCCAGAAAACCUUAAGGGAAUUGAUUCUGUUUUCUUUUGAGCCUUCCACAAAGAGAUAAAAUGAACACAAGCACUAAAGGUCUAAAUUUCUGAAGUAGGCAGUUGAGAAGCUUAAGUCUCAUCAGGUAUAAAUGUGCUCCUAAUUCUGGUUUAAUUGGGCAGGGGGAAAAUUGUUUCAGGAUGGAAUAAUCAUCAAAAACAAAAGUUGCCAUUCUGAAUAUGGAACUCAAACAAUAACAGAGUUUUACAAGUAUAUUAUUUGAAUCAAAGCAUCAUGUGCAUAGCUUUAUAUGUGGAAUCCACCCUAAGAAUAGCUUUUGUUUUCAGUUUAAUUAUUCAGCCUGGGAAUGACUUUUAAAAACUAAUAUACCACUUCAAAGAUAAGUUAUGUUCUAGAGAAUAAACAUAACAGCAGCCCCUAGAAAUGUUUUUAAUAGGCUUAUGCAUAAGCAAAUUAAGGUAUUUUCUUUUUAAGUUUACAUAUUCUAUAGUAACAAAGUCAAAUACCAUUGCAUUCAAAUUAAAUUAAACUCCUUGGAAAAAUAGGUUCAUGUGUCACCCUUAUGAAUAGUUGUAAUGCAUUUUGGAAUUUUUUUUCCAAGGAACCCUAAAUUAAAUCCCUUGGGAAAAAGGGAUCAUUUUUGCAUGAGAGACAUUUGGAUGGGAAACUUACUUUAAUUGGUCGACUAUUGCCCUGAGUUAAGAAAAUCACGAGUCUUUCAAACCCUGCUUAAAUGCUUUUCCUGAACAUCUUCCUCUUCCUAAGCUAUCAUUUUUUCUUAUCAGUAAAUAUUCAGUAAUGGCUUUCAAAGAACAGUAGGUAUUAAUAUUUGAAUGUUAAUAGACCAAGAUAGUUACAGUCAUACUUAUUUCAUUUUGAUUUUCUAUUUCAUGGCUGAGUAUUCAUGAAUUGCUUUGCUCCUUACACACACCUGCCGUGUCCCAUCUGUGUCUCCUAAGGAGUGAGUAAACUGCAAUGGGCUGAGAGAUCAUAAGUAUUAAACCUUCUACUCCAACUUUUUACCACUUUUCCAUGCCAUUAACUCUUGCCUCUAGACCAUACACUUAAGCUGUGCUCUCAGUUUUUAAGGAGUUUUACUCUGGAGUAAUCUAAAUUACAUAAUUUAAAUUUUUGCUACACCAUGUAGAGUAGAUUCCUAGUAACUUAGGGACAUUGAAAUUAUCUUUUUAUGGAGAGAGAAAAUAGAAAAUAUUCCA